UUUUGGCAUUCUCUAUCCACCUUUUCGCUUAAUAACUUGUAGUAGUAGUUAACUUAUCAUCAUUUAAGCGGAUGAAAAUUAGGGGUUUCUGAGUAAAAAAAAAAUAUGGGUUCUAAAGGAAUUUUAUCAAAGAGGGCUGUGAAUACUGAAUCACCUGUUAUGGUUCAGAUUCAAGAAUUGCUUAGAGGUGUCAAGGGUGCUAUAUCCCUAGCUCAGGGUAUUGUGUACUGGCAACCACCUAAAGAAGCCUUAGAGAAGGUGCAAGAACUUGUGUGGGAGCCUUCAAUUAGUCGUUAUGGUGCGGAUGAAGGUCUUCCUGAGCUCAGGGAAGCAUUGACUAAAAAGUUGCUUGAAGAAAAUAAGUUAUGCAAAUCUUCAGUGAUGGUAACUGCAGGGGCAAAUCAGGCAUUUGUGAACAUUGUUCUUGCACUGUGCGAUGCUGGGGAUUCGGUUGUUAUGUUCGCACCAUACUACUUCAACUCGUACAUGUCGUUACAGAUGACAGGUGUUACCAAUAUUCUUGUGGGUCCUGGCGAUCCAACUACGCUUCAUCCGGAUGCAGAUUGGCUAGAAAAAACUUUGCGGGAAACCAAACCUACACCAAAGUUUAUUACAAUUGUUAAUCCCGGGAACCCAUCUGGAACUUACAUCCCCGAACCCCUUCUGAAGAAAAUAUCAGAUAUCUGCGAAAAUGCUGGAUGUUGGCUUGUUGUAGAUAACACAUACGAAGUGAACAGGUAUUUUAUGUAUGAUGGUUUGAAGCACUCUUGCAUAGAGGGAAAUCACAUUCUCAACAUUUUUUCCUUCUCUAAAGCUUAUGGGAUGAUGGGUUGGCGAGUCGGAUAUAUAGCAUUUCCGUCCGAAGUUAAAGAUCUUGCACAACAACUCCUUAAAAUCCAAGACAACAUACCCAUAUGUGCUCCGCUAAUCUCACAACGACUAGCCCUUCACUCGAUGGAAGUGGGUUCACAAUGGGUCACGGAUCAGGUCAAAGAUCUGGUCAAAAACCGCCAACUUCUUGCCAAUGCAUUAUCACCAUUAGGGAAGGGUGCGGUCAAAGGCGGAGAAGGGGCCAUUUACUUGUGGGCCAAGUUACCAGAGAAGUUUGUUGAUGAUUUUAAGGUGGUCCGUUGGCUCGCUAACAAGCACGGUGUGGUUCUAAUCCCAGGCAGCUCGUGUGGGGGCCCGGGUCACGUUCGGGUAUCGUUUGGUGGUCUGAUGGAGAAUGAUUGCCGGCUUGCAUCGGAGAGGUUGAAAAGAGGGUUGGAAGAAUUGGUCAAAGAUGGAAUGAUUUGACUUUGAUCUCUAGUGUUGUUGUUCAAUAUAAUUUAAGAGAUACAAAAAAGUUUACAGGUUGAAUUUAUACAAUAAAUGGAAAGUUUCUGCUGAAACUGAAGGUCUCUUUAUUUUA